AAGCCAGCGAAUUGACUGAAUUGCCCUCCUCUCUCUGAUGUCAUUCUGCUACUCUCUCUUCCAUGCGCAAGCUUCACUUUUUGGGAGAACAGUUCCUCUCUUCUCCACCUCCUGUCUCCGUUAUCAACAUAGGUUCCAUCGUUGAAGCUGAUUAUAAAGAUGCUUGGGUGACUGGUUUUUUGGUCAAAGAGAUUGAUGAUGACAAGUGUUUGAGAUUCAACAAUCACUGAGGAAUGGAACUCUUUGUCUAACGCUAAUUUCUAAAGAUACCGAUAACAUGGGAAGAU